AUGUCAUCGCGUAGUUCGUCUCCCUCGCCGUCGCCCGUGAACCUCUCGCUGGAUUACAGCAACCCGCCCAGCCCCUCCAUGCAGCUCACCCUUCCUAUACGUCCUCACAGCCUUCCCUCGUGUGGGGACAUCGCCCCACCUUGCCCGCCUUCGCCGGCCAAGAGCUCGACGUCUUCCCUCUCGGCCUCAGCGGCCCCAUUCGCCCCUAACCUCGUCGACACUGCGAUGGGCCGCAACGCCACGACGGACUACCUGGCGCACCUCGCCAAGGAGGCCGAGGCCCGCUACGCUGACAGCGCCAAGCAUCACUCUGGCAAUGACAAAGGAGUCGGUGUCACCGCCACCACCGUCGUCCAGUUCACGCAGGACGCACACCUGAUCGAGGUCGCCGCGUCGCUGGGCAUCUCAAUCACAUUCAAGGAUGUUACCUUCCUCGAGCACAAGUGCAACGGCAAGAGCAAGGGUGUUGCGUUCAUCAACUGCCACACGACGCCCAAGAUGAUGCGGCUCAUGAAGUGGUUUGAGACCCACGAGUUCCAAGGCAAGAAGGUGUCCACCAGCAUCUCGUCCAACGCGAACGGCCGGCCGUCCCUGCCACCCCCUACGCACGACAAGGAGAACGGAGGCCUAGGCUACCGCCCCAACAACGACGGCCCCGCUCGCGCUCCUCUUCCGUUUCUGCCCACGAACUCGCACGGCGGCGUCAACUUCAACCGCGUGCCUCUUCACCACCGCCAGCAGAUGCAGCAGAUGCAGCAGGCAGGCUUCCUCCAGGGCGGAUCGUACGGCCGCGCCGGCGGUAUGAACGUGUACCCGGCGGCGCAGAACACCAACCCUGGCUACGCGGCUGAUCUUGUGCGCAAGAAGGUCAUGGCCCAGCCCAGCCCGUUUUACCUCGGCGAUUGGCAGGACCAGACCAACGCGCAGCCCAUGAUUCGCACUAUGCGCGUCUGA